AAUUGAGUUUAUUUUGCUGUCAACAUGGCCCACAUUCACUACAAGUUCUCCUCCAAGCUCAGCUACGACACGCUGCUGUUCGACGGGCCGCACAUCUCCCUGGCCGACCUGAAGGAGCAGAUUAUGGGCAGGGAGAAGCUGCGAGCCGGCUGCGACCUGCAGAUCACCAACGCGCAAACCAAAGAAGAGUACACGGAGGAGGGAGGUCUCAUCCCCAAAGGAUCUUCCGUGAUUGUCCGGAGGGUCCCUGGAGUCCGGAGUGGUCCAGUAAAGAAGACUCUGAACAUUGAGAGAUUAGAUGUCCACAGUCACCGCAUCUCUGGAAACAUCAGAGCAAUGGACGACCACAGCUCCACCAACGCUUUGCCUUUAUUCUCCAAGAUGGUGAACCUGGCAGCUGCCGACGUGCCGGAGGAUGAGAAGAUCAAAGUGGUGAUGAACCAGUCCUCGUACGACCCCACGCUAUACCACAAGGCGUUUGGUGCGCCGCUGCCUGCAAACUACACCUGCUACCGCUGUGGCAACACCGGGCAUCACAUCAGACACUGUCCAACCAGCGGGGAUAAAAACUUUGAAGCUCCUCCGAAGAUGAAGAAGAGCACGGGCAUCCCUCGUUCCUUCAUGUUUGAGGUGGACGACCCGACCACCAAGGGGGCCAUGCUGACCAACUGUGGACGUUACGCAAUCCCUGCCAUAGAUGCUGAGGCGUACGCCGUGGGCAAGAAAGAGAAGCAUCCGUUUAUCCACCAAGAGCCUGAGCCAGAGGAGGAGAAGCAAGCCGUGCCUGAAGAAUUGAAGUGUCUGAUCUGUGGUGACCUGCUGGUGGACGCCGUGGUCAUUCCCUGCUGCGGGAACAGUUACUGCGACGACUGUAUUCGCACCGCCCUGCUGGAGUCCGAGGGACACGUCUGUCCCACCUGCAACCUAGCGGACGUCUCCCCCGACUCGUUGAUCACCAAUAAAUUCCUCAGACAGGCUGUGAAUAACUUCAAGAAGGAGAACGGCUACAGCAGAAGUCUGGGAAGGACGUCUGCCGCUCCCCAGUCCCUGGGUGCCGCGCCAACACCGAGUCCUGUGCCCCACAAGAUCCACCUGCAGAACAACAGACUGCAGUCUGAGAUCAGCCAGCCUGGGGCUCAUUCUGCAGUCAGCCUACCAAACCAGCUACCUUCCAAUGAAAGUGAAACAAAGAGACAAGAUCCUUUGGUCCCUUCUGUGCUGCCAUCAAACCAAGCUUCCACACCUGUUCACACCGACCCCAAGCAGCACGCAGGUCCAGGCCCAGGCAGCAUGUACAGCAGCUCCUCCUCGUCUUCAGUUUGUCCCACUGGACUCACCGCUGAACCCCCCUCCUCAUCCCACCCACCUGCUCUGCCUCCUCUGUUCUCCAGCCAUCACUUCCAUCCCUUCCACUCAGGUCAGCGACACCCAAGUCAUCCCAACUGGACUCAGCCGAGCCCUCAGGUGCCCCACAUGCCUCCCCUCCUGCCCUCCUCCAUGCCUCCCCUCACCCAGAGGGACUGGUUCAGUCAUCAGCACCAAGAGAGAGAAAGGUGUCCGCCUGCGUCCGACAGGUCUUCGCACGCACGGUCCUCCCGCAGACACUCCUCUCGUUCCAAGUCCAAAUCCUCUCGCUCUUCCAGCAGAUCCAGUCGAUCCCGGUCCAGAUCUCAUGGCAGAUCAAGGCCCAGGUCCUCGUACUCCCGGCAAAAAGUCCCGCACAGUCGCUCCUACAGCUACGGCUACAAGAGGUCCCGCUCGCCCACGCCGUCCUCCUCAUCUUCACCCCGCCAGGGCUCCCAAUCCGAGCGCAGACACCGCCAUCACAGCAAAAGGUCUUCUCACAGCAGCCACAAAUCCAGCAGACGAGCGGACCGCUCGCCGUCGCCGGGGAGGACGACGACGGGCGACCCCGGGCGGCGUCACGCCAGCCUGGACGCCGAGGGCGAUCACUACCAGCAGUGGAAGCUCCAGUACAAGGAGUGGUACGAGAAGUACUUCAGCAGCUACGUCAGCCACUACCACCACCUGCCGCCUCCGCUCCUCUCCCUUCCUCCUCCCCCGAAUCCCAUGUGGGCGGAGCAAGCGGAGAACCAAGCCGGCCGCGGGUUGGACGCCCCUGCGGCGAACCGCCGCUCCCCUCCGUCCCAGUCGUCCAGCGAGAGUCGCUCUCUUCACUCUGCCUCAUCCAGUCGCUCUCCGCCGUCUGCCUCUUCCAGCGACUGCAGCUCGCCGCCGUCUGAAGGCUCCGCCCCUCGGCGGGGGAGUGCCGAGAAGGACCGCCACGCACAUUUCAAAGGCGAGCGCAAGAGGACGAGGAAGUACGAAGACGAAAAGACGUUUUCGGCGGACGUCACGGACAGGAAGGAGAUAAAGAAGCGUCGCACCGAGUCCACAGCGGCCAGCGACCAAAUUGACUUGCGAGCUGAGAGAAAGGAGGAAGCAAAAGGAAGAGAAGGUGCAAAGAAAAGUAGAAGAGGCCAGGAUGAGGAGAGGCGUCGCAGCAAAGGGGAGAAGGACUCGCACUCUGAGGGCGGAAAGAGAGAACGGGAGGACCAGAAGAAAAGGAACAGAGAGAGUGGCGGGAAGAAAGCACUUCCUGUCAGAGCCACGGACAUCUGGCAGGCGGGGAUGAAAGUGAAACCGCAGAAGAAAAUUAGCAUCAACAUCAAUCUGGACGGGAAGAAGCCCGCAGAAAAAAGUCAAAUACGGCAAUCGUCUCCUUCUGAGAGGACGGUGGAGAAACCCCAGGAAGACAUGGAGGUGAUGGAAGAUGGUGACACGUCACAGGCAAACAUUCCAGACGCUGAACCAGAAAGCAAAGCCGUGGGAGAAGAUGAAGAUGUCACCUUGUCACUGGAGCAGGAGGAACCUACAGCUGAGGAAGAAAUACGUGUGGAGAACAUCAGCCACGAGGAGGACGUGACUGAAGAUGGUGACAAGUUGGAGGCAGAACCUUCAGAAACUGAACCAGAAAGCAAAGCAUUGGGAGAAGAUGAUGAAUAUGUCACCAUGUCACUAGAGCAGGAGGAAGAAUCCACUGUGGGACAGAAAGAAGAUGGUGAGACGUCACAGGGAAACAUUCCAGACUCUGAACAUCAGCAAGAGACUGAAACAGACCGAGAAACCAAACAAGUGAAAAAAGAUGAAAACAAGGUAGAAGAUGUCAUCAUGUCACUGGAGCAGGAGGAACCUAACGCUGAGGAAGAAAUACGUGUGGAGAAUAUCAGCCAGGAGGGGGACGCGACUGAAGAUGGUGACAAGUUGAAGGCAGAACCUUCAGAAAGUGAACAAGAAUGCAAAGCAGUAGAAAAAAAAGAUGAAGAUGUCACCAUGUCACUGGAGCAGGAGGAACCUACAGCUGAGGAAGAAAUAAGUGUGGAGAAUAUCAGCCAAGAAAAGGACGUGACUGAAGAUGGUGACAAGUUGGAGGCCAAGAUUCCAGACUCUGAACAUAAGCAAGAGACUCAAACCAACCAAGAAAGCAAACAAGUGAAAGAAGAUGAAAAUCAUUUAGAAGAGGUCAUCAUGUCUCUCGAGCAGGAGGAACUUACAGCUGACAAAGAAAUAAGUGUGGAGGACGUGACUGAAGAUGGUGACAAGUUGGAGGCAGAACCUUCAGAAAGUGAACCAGAAAGCAAAGCAGUAGAAAAAGAGGAUGAAGAUGUCACCUUGUCACUGGAGCAGGAGGAACCUACAGCUGACAAAGAAAUAAGUGUGGAGAAUAUCAGCAAAUGGCAGGAAGUGACUGAAGAUGGUGACAAGUUGGAGGCCAAUAUUCCAGGAAGUGAACAUCAGCAAGAGACUGAAACAGGCCGACAAGUGAAAAAAGCCAAAAACAAUUUAGAAGAUGUCAUCAUGUCUCUCAAGCAGGAGGAACUUACAGCUGACAAAGAACUGAUUGUGGAAAACUGCAGCAAUGAGGAGAUGUUUCCACCUGAUGAGCUGCAAGGAGUAGAGAAGACUCCAGAAGCUGAGAGAGCGGAUGAGAGCGUGAAGGAGGAGGAAGAGGACAGGAGUGAGACAAAGGGAGACCAAGAGUGUGUCACUACUGAAGAUGAGGAGCGCACACGUGAGGAAAACUUGCCAGCAAACUGGAAAGAGGAAGUGAAGAUGAUGAAGAUCAGCCAUGAAGAAGAUGCUCUGAUGAGGACGUCACACUCCAGUGAAGAAGAAGACAAAGCUGGCAGCGGCACUCUCCCAGCGGACUGCACAGGAAGUGAGGAGUUUGCAGAGGCAACGGUUGCCAUGACGACGCUGCCACGGCAACACCUGCGUCAUGAAGGCCUCGGCAUACGUGAAGUCGUGCAGGUUCCCUUCUUGCAGUACGAGAAAGAAGACGGUGAUGACAACCAACAGGAAGUCCUUUCAUCAUCACAGAGUCUGGACCAGAAGACCACCAUGGAAGGUGCUGAGAAAGCAAGUCCCUCUAGUGGUGGUGACAUCAGGGACGAGGAGUCUUCAAGUCAUCUCUUGUCCAAUCAUCACGCUGACCAGGACUCGGCACAGGAAGACGGACUCUCGCUUCUUCUCGGUGGAAACUCAAAGGAGGAUCCAGCAAGUACGGAACACCACCACGACCGACUACCUCGCUCUCACGCCUCAGGAAGACCACAAGGACGCUCGGAGCUCAGCUGGUCCAAGACCAGCGCCGCCAGUCUGCCUCCAAGACCCUCUGUGAGCCGAAGGGCCGAGAGGGUGAGACCCAAAGCCGAGAGCCGGGAGGAGCAGUGGAGGAAGUACAAGCUGGAGAAGAUGCUGAAGGAAGGCCAGGAGGAGAGAGCGAGGACGGAGGAAGACCAGGACCAAGGUGAGAGACGGGAGAGUAGUCUUUGCUCCUCAUCCAGCGUGAAGAUGAGCCAAGAUGUGAGGAGGACAAAGAAGCACCAGAAGGAGAAAAGUUCUUCCCUGGUUGUGAUUCCUCCAUGAACUUAUUGCACUUUAUUAUUCUUUAGAAUGAAUCAUGAAUCUAUGAUUGAACUGCCAUCACUGAAUGACUGAUUAUUCAUCAUUCAUGUAUUCAUGCUGUGGGUUUUCUUAUUUCCACUUAUCAUUUGGGAAAAUAAUUACUUGCUGCUAAUGAGCUGACACAGCAUUUUUUUUUCUUCCUGUUUUGAAGGAAAUAAAAUAAAAGUUGCGAAAUAAUUGUUUUUUUUAUGCUCAUUAGCAACAUCAGGGUGUCCAAACUUUUU